AGUGCUGUAAUCGAGCACUUUGUUUACAUCAAUACCACAACAAACCAUCCAGCCUACUGCGCUACACGUGGUACGUGAAUUUCGCCGGUGAUCUGCUUCUGUGUUUAAUACGUUUGCUACAGAAGGAAGAAACUGUACAAACUAGCCAUCAUGGAGGAGAAAUGUCGAUUGUGUCUGAAAGAAGUGAAGCAAAAAUGUAUCACAGUUCUACCGCAAGACGAAUUUCGCGAGAUGAUGGAUGCCGUUUUCUGUUUCCCAAUAGUCUACAAAGAAGGGCUACCAAAGUAUGUCUGCACCGAAUGUUCCGUCACGAUACGUAAGUUCUACAACUACACCCUGGAAGUGCAGAAAACUCAAUCUUACCUCGAACGGGAAUGGGAAUGCAAUAUUGCAUCAAAAUCAUCAAUUACAAUCACGAAACUCAUACCGAUAGGAAAUUGUGAUGAGGAGAAUGGCUCAUUUCCUCACGAUGCUUACAUGGAAGAAUAUCUCGAUGAGGAAAGCAGUACGGAUGAAUCCUGGAAGCUUUCAUCCAGCAAUACGGCUGAUGAUCCACCGUACGUGGACGAUUCAAGGGUACAGCUCCCCGCACAACUUAUUAAAAACAUAGAGAGUAAAAACACGCCAGAAGAAAGCGAUACGACAACAAACUUUUUCACGAAACGCUUGCGAUCGCGUGACAUCAAAAGUGCCACGGAUUCGCCAUCCCUCAGCCGUUCCGAUCUGCCGUACAUCUGCCUGGAGUGCGAUCUGAAACAUGCCACCAAAGCACAGCUCACCAAACACAUGCGUGUGCAUCAGAAGCAAGAGUGUCCGGUGUGUAGUCGGCUGUUGCGGGUAGAUAAAAUAAAGGACCACUGUGCCAGGAUGCAUCCACACUACAAGCUGUUGGUAGCGAGUCAAGAGAUGCGGUGCGACAAUUGUCUGGAACUGUUCGACACCGAAGCACAGCUGCACGAUCAUCUCAACCACGAUCGGAUGCAGCGCCCAGUUUUGCCCGAUGCCCGACAAAACGAGAUGGAAGAUUCGGAUGAGGCUGGCAGCACCGCCAAAGUUAAAACGAAACAUAUCUUCCUGUGCCCCAAGCGGUACAAGUGCCGUAAUUGUGAGGAAAAAUUCUUGGAUAAAGUACAGCUAGCGAAGCAUCAGCGGCUUCACCGGACGGUCGAUUGUCCAAUAUGUGGCAAAACCUGUCGCACAGACCGUAUCAAGCCGCAUAUAGCAAAGCAUUAUCCAAACAGCGAUGGACCAAACAAGAAGCUGUACCACUGCACGGAGUGUAAGAAAAAGUUUGCAAACGAGCUACAGCUAACGCUGCAUUACAAGAGAAUGCACAAGCAGCUGAUUUGCCCGGUUUGUAAGGUAAGGGCCAGUUUCGCGCACGUUGAAAACCAUUUGAAAUUGCUGAAAGUAGAAGAAUGUUCCGAUGAUUCUAACGAUUUCCCAAACAACCUUUCGGAAGUGGAUGUAACGGUAACGGAAAAUUAGCACCAACCGGUGCCGGAUGACGUGCCUAAAACAACACUAUCACCGUUUUAUUUGCUUCCAAAGGCAACGGUGCAUUCACCAUUGUCUCCAAGAACUUAGUAACGAACCAAUCCGGUGCAUUGUAUAUAUGGAACCGUAGGAAAAAAUCACUACAUAAAAUCAAUCAUCAAAACCCGGUAUGCUGUUCCUAAUAAUUUAAGAAAAGAAAGCAUUACUACACAUGUAUUUCAUUUUGCUCAUAUUCCGAAUGAUCGCGAUCUUCGUUUAAAGAAAACUAAAUCAGAACUGUAUCCUAUGAAAUCUAGCCACGAUAAAAUCGAUAUUAUAGAUGAGUUGUA